CUGAGGGCACAUCGUCUGCUGCUGAAGCAGGUUCUGGCACAGACACUACUUCUACUACGUCCAGGAUUGCGCCUGCUGCUGCUCUCAACAUUGCGGACCUGCUGGACAUGGAUGUUGCAGCUUUUGAGGGCAAGCUCAAGGAGGAAGCCGCUGAGAGGAAGGAGUGGAAGCUUGGUCGUUCGACCUUUGCAGAGGAGAAGACUCCGGAUGAGAUGCGUUGGCCCCUCAACGUCGCCGAGUCCAACGAGUGCAUGAAGAUUCUGCGCAACAAGAAUCCGGACAACAUGCAGCUGACGAAUGUGGCGGAAGCUGUCAGUGCAGGAAGCAUUGAGAUGGGAAUCCUGCGUGCGGAAGGUAUAUAUUUAUGAUUAUUGCAAUUCUUUCAUAUACUAGCAAGUUAUGCAUUUUCUUGGGAAUAAGUGGGCAGUUUUUAUCUUAUUGAAGAAGAGGCAACACAUAUAGAAAGUUUAGAAAAUUUAGACUGCAACCUGUUUGCAUUUUUAUACUUUCGAGCCAACGAGAUCAAUUACUAUAGCAGCACAUCAAAACCCAUAAGAAAACUACAGUGAAAGUCUUACCUUCGCACCUUCUUCAUUUAUCAUGAAUCACCCACCAUCUCGCCAGAUUUGUCCGAGCCAUACGACCAGCUGGCGACUUGGGUGAGCAACUCUUUGUACCGUCGCGCGAAAUCUUCGAACAGCAAGGCGAUGGAAUUCUUCGACAAGUAUUUGGCUUAUCUUUGAUUCUGGUAGAUGAUACCACGUUCGUACUCUACUGGUGGGAAUACAUACCAAGUCCUUUGAUCUAGUGGCAAAAAUGCAUGGACUUUCACACUCGAGUCUUUGUCUUAUCAUCUUCUAGUACCAGUUUUCUCUUUUCGUUUCUGCAGGAGCAAGCACAUCUUCGAGACCACGGCGCCCAAACUUUGCGAAGCGGCAACUGUUGUGGUGAAGCUCGGAGAAAUUGGCGGCUCGGCUGUCGAGUUGCAAGAGUCGGACGAUGAAGGUGGACCAAUGGGCCUCGGUAACCCCUCUAACUUCGAGUUUGAAGAGACCCAAGUUGCUCCGCCAGCUGAUGACCCCAGUGAGCCUGAGGGACCUCCUCAGCAGCCGGCUGUCGAUGUUGCCGAAGUGCUGUCCCGCCGUUUGACGUUCCGUGAGUUGGAGGAUAUGCGUCGUGUUCUGGCUUCCGCUGAGAUCGCUUUGUUCGACUACCAUACGCAAAAGCUGCG